GAGAGGGAAUUAGUACAUCGACAUACAACUAUUCUCUACUUAUCCUCAGCCGUUCUAUCUCUAGGGUGUAGUGAUUUCUUGGGGUAAUGUGAGAAGUGGAACUCUUCUCUUUAGGCAUUAUAGCCUGGUGCUAAAUCUCAAAUGGUUUUUGUCAAUGCCAAACAACAUUGUACAGCACGAAUAUGUAUAUAUUUACAUAUAGGAUGUAAUCACAAGGAGGGUGACGUAACCAGCAGGGAAAGUCCACUUUCCAAUAGAGAAGUGACCUCAUGUUAAGACGGUGUUCGGCAACUUCCUGUAUAUGAAAGUGAAACAGGCACCAUGGAUGGGUUACAGGAAAAACCCAUAUUCCACAAGCAGCCAGGCAAGACAAGAACAUCAAGAGGUAGUUAUGAGACACACCCUUCAGAGAUAAGUACAGCAGCCCCACAAAGCCUCCUUACCUCGCUAAAGGAACCUACAAGGAAAUGGGAGGAUUUAUUUGAGAAGGAGCUCAGAAGGUAUCAGAAACAGUUACUCAAAGAAGCAAGGGACAAGCACUUCUUCACAUUGGGGAGAUCAAGUCAGGAGACACAAGAUGCACCUGUUCACCCAGCAAACUGUGAUACUUUGUCUSGGCGUUGCCGUCACGCUCAGCAAAACAGAGCCAACGGCAGAGCUGGUGAAGCUAAGCGCUGUGGACUCUCUGAUUGUGCCAUGUCACCAGAGUGCCACGCUCCGUUGUGACCUCUCCACCUUCCAGGAGGGGCUGUCAAUCUAUCAUAUGGCCUGGGUCCGCCAGGACGGGAGGUACCUGUGUGAUGUUAACGCGACUGGAGUGAUGGGGACCCACCCAGGGARCACACCUAGUGCCAUGGAGUGCAGUUAUACCCCACAUACACAGCUGACCCUGACUCUGCUGCAGGUACAGCCACUGGAGCAGGGAAAGUACUUGUGCAAGCUGCGCUCCAGUCAUGGAGURAAGGAGGCCACYACAACGGUGAAGCUGCAAGAGUGCUACGGGGAGGUCCAGCCCAGCGUCAGUGAUGAAGGCCCGACCUGCACUUUCACUGAGGUCUACCCUGACGGAGAGGUGCACUGGUUCCAGGGAUCCAACAAUGUGACUGGGGACCCUAAGAUCAAAACGAUACAAGUGAAGGAUGGAAUGUUUUUGACAAUAACUAGUUCCCUGAAUAGAAAGACCGUCUCUGGGGAAGGGGCCUACAACUGCUCCCUGUGGAUCCCCAGUACCGGAGCCUACCUGACCAGCAGCUUGGUACCAGAGCAUGGUGAAGCCAGGGUUGAGGAGCCCAAUGCCAACGGGGCAGGGGCCAUAGGUUUUCCACACAGAACCAUUCUAGUCCUCCUGAGUACUCUCUUCCUGGUGUGACGUCUUGAAAACAUUCACAAAUGGACCAGGAAACGCCAGGAUCAAUUAAUAAGAAUAUGGAAGAGCCAUUGUGUGGAAACCUUUCAUGGUCCAAGGGUUUCCUUGGCUGCGUAGAACAAGGAAAUGAUGGCCAGAUGAGAGGCUGAUAACCUGGUACAAAUCAGUGUAUAUGUAACGGGUAGAGCUGUCAACCUAUUGUGAAUGCACCAUUGUUGGUCUGCCAGUGCCAGGUGUAUGUGAUUGUUCAUUAAAAACGGCAAGCAGCAG